CCAAUAUAACGUGCCUUCAUCUUGUAAAUUUAACCUGUCUUUUCGGACAUGAUUGAAAAGGAAUGCUUAAGGUGGGCAAGCAAAGGCGUUAACAUAAGAUACCAAAUUAGAGAGUCAAGAGGAGGCUACAAGGCUGGGGCGCUCAAGGAAGGAUUGAAACACGACUAUGUCAAGCAAUGCGAUUAUGUCGUCAUCUUCGACGCCGAUUUCCGACCCGAACCCGAUUUUCUCAGACGAUCGGUCCCCUUUCUCAUUCACAAUCCCGAUAUUGCACUUGUACAAGCCCGCUGGAGAUUCGUGAAUUCAAAUGAGUGCUUGCUGACAAGAAUGCAAGAAAUGUCAUUAGAUUAUCAUUUCUCAGUUGAGCAAGAAGUAGGUUCAGCCACUCAUGCAUUUUUUGGCUUCAAUGGAACUGGUGGAAUAUGGAGGAUUGCAGCAAUCAACGAGGCCGGAGGAUGGAAUGACAGAACGACAGUGGAAGACAUGGAUCUUGCUGUCCGUGCUGGUCUCAAAGGCUGGAAAUUUCUUUACCUUGGUGAUCUCCAGGUAUAUAGCGAACUUCCGAGUACUUUUAAGGCCUUCAGGUUCCAGCAGCAUAGAUGGUCUUGUGGACCAGCUAAUCUGUUUAGGAAAAUGAUGAUGGGAAUUGCUACAAACAAGAAAGUAACGUUGUACAAGAAAUUCUACGUGAUCUACAGCUUCUUCUUCGUGAGGAAGAUCAUCGCGCACUUCUUCACAUUCUUCUUCUACUGUGUGGUUCUGCCUCUCUCCAUUUUGGUGCCUGAAGUAUACGUCCCGAAAUGGGGAGCCAUUUACCUUCCUUGCAUCAUUACUGCCCUCAACUCGGUGGGAACUCCAAGGUCGUUCCAUCUGCUGUUCUAUUGGGUGCUGUUUGAGAAUGUGAUGUCCUUCCACAGGACCAAGGCAGCAUUGAUCGGGCUUUUUGAGGCGAAGAGAGUGAACGAGUGGGUGGUGACAGAGAAACUCGGAGAUAAGCUCAACAACAAAGGUAAGAAGAGUGGUUUGAGCAAGAUAUCUCUGAGGAAGCUGUUGGGAGACAGAGUACAAGUGCACGAGCUGGGAUUCGCAGUGUUUCUGUUCGUGUGUGGUUGCUACGAUUUCCUCUACGGGAAGAACAACUACUUCAUAUACCUGUUUCUUCAAGUCAUCACUUUCACCAUCGUUGGAUUUGGCUACGUUGGCACCAUCGUUCCCACUUCUUAGCUCUACUACUCACUGCUUUACAAAGAAGGGUGAAAUGUACACAAGAUUGCAGUCUUUGGUUUAUUUGAUUUGCAGGCUGCGGAAAAGGAAACUAUAUUCAUUUAGUUAUACCAAGAUAUAUCCCACCAAGUCGAUUAGAUUAGAUAUUCCUUCUUUUUCUUUGUGUUUUUUGUUAGAAUUACAGUGGUUUUAUUGUCAUUGCAGUUUGAAAGUUGGUUCACUCUCGAGUCAUAGUAUAUAGUUUUUGUUUGGCCAUCUCAA